UUAAAAGUUCCUGGUUUGUGUUACCAUAGAAACGAGGGGAGGAAGGCCCGCUGUCCAUGGUCCGAGCUCUCGUAGAAAGUUGGAAAACUAACCAACAACAGCAGGAGGAAGAGUAAAAAAAUGAAGACUAUCAAUCAUCAUUAACUCUGUCUGAAAACUUCCCAAACACAACAAAGAGUCAUGAGCGUCCGUGAGCAGCUGGUUUCACAGAGGCUGCCUGCGGGGGCGAGCCACGGUGUGGUGACAGGAGGACCUCUACGUGACAGGAGCUUUGCCCUUUUUGAUCUACAAAAGAAACGCCGGGAAGACGAAGAUCUUGAUGCAAAGCAAAAGGAAUGCAAACAGAUAUUGGAGAGUUUGCAACAGCGCAUACUUGAGUUGCAUGAGGAGGCUAAGAAAGUGAAGGAGUUACACUUGAGCUUUGAUAAGUUUCUCAAGGAUGAGGAUGCUGAUCAAGCUGCUGAGAAAGCAGAGAGGGAGAGAAAAGAGGUGCUUCAACUGGAGGCAGAGCUUGAGAGGCUAAAGGUGGAGUAUGCUGAACUGAUGAGGAAACAGGAGCUACAGCGUCAUGUCCAGAGACACUCUUCGUAUUGGGACUUCAUGGAGCGGGUGGUCAGAAUGACUAAGUUUGAUAAUGUGCAGGCGCUCUCAGGUCAUUUAGAGAGUCUUCUCCACUUUCGAGACCAUCUCUAUCAGAGGGAGAGUAAGGCGCAGGAGCAGGUCAGCCAGCAGAGAAAGGCACUGCUGACACUAGAGGACCAGCAUCACUUCCUGCGGCUGCACAAGAGCAACCAGCUGUCCCAGCUUCAGACUGAGCUAGAGAAGACGCGCUCUGAGGCUCUAAUAUGGGAAAGGAAGUGGAACCACAUUCAGGAAACAGCAGCAAAGAAAACACUCCUACUGGGACAGAUUAAGAUGGCGACCCUCAACCUCUAUGAAAUGACCGAUGACAUAUUAGAAGAGGAGGAAGCUGUGGAUAUGAAUGAUACAGAGAAACAGCUGGACAAGGUCAAGAUGUUCAUCCAGGACCACGAGGACAUAGUAAAACAACAUCAAACUUCCUCACAGAGACAUGAAGGACAGAAAAAAGACAAGCCCAAAAAGUAUAUUGUAAUUCAAGAUUUCAAGAAACAUGCUCCGCACUGAGUGCAACCAAUAAUUUGUUUUCAUGUAGCUCCUCAUUGUUAUUAACAUGGCCAGAUUAUAAGUUCUGAAAUGUAUCUGAUAGUGCUAACUAUACAUUUGAGGUUGACUUGUUUUAACUUGAUAAAUACUGUAUAUCUAGUAGCAAUAUCCAAUAAAGUAUACUGUUGGUGGUUCAAUCCUCAGCUUCUCCUGUCCACAUGACAAAUGAAUGAAAUGUAAUGUAGACAGUCAAUUUCUCAGAACAUAAAGUCCUGUACUGCCACCGUGUGGCCAAUA